AUGUCUGCGAAGGAAGUCGACCCCCGGAAGAUCAAAAAGAAUGCGGACAGCAAGUUCAUCGAGGCCCUCUCAGAUGUGCCGGUGGAGGGAUCCAAUGAGGCUGUGUACUUUGUCCUGCGCGGCCUCGGGAUGAAGGCCUUCGAGGGUCCUGGAGAUCUGCCGCGGAUUGAGAUCAUGGCAGCCCAACACCCGAAGCUCUUUGCCGCACUGCGACGGCUGGGCCUGCGCCACAUUCGGGACCGGAUCAUCCUGGAGCCUCGGGGAGAUGAUGGCCCCAACCUCUUCGACACCACGGCGAGUCGGGGAAAGUUUGCCAGCUCAGGCUCCAAGUUCUCAUCGAGCUGUCCAGAUCUCCGCCCCGUGCUCGAGUCUGGGCUACACGCCACGACCCGCACUCUCCGCCCACCCCGACUCCGAGGGCACGGGAUCGAGACGGCGGAGGACCGGAAAGUGUUCUACCAUCAGAUGUCCUACCCCAAGGGUGUGGCGAGGAAGUUUCCGUUUGCCAUGGCCCUGCACGAGGCAAAAGGCCGUCAGCCACCCAGCCUGACGGCAGCUCGGGAGGCCGCAGCCGCCUCGCAACCGAGCUCACCGAAGAGGGGGCCGGAACCCAAUCGACUCCCGGACAUACGCUCGUCGCGGACGAUGAACCCAUCACGGUCCACACAGGAGGCAGAGGGCCUGGUCACGACGCCCACAUCCGCUCAGUCUGUAGACCAGGCGGCAUCGGCGAAACUUUGGGAUCGGCUCUACAGGCCCAGGCGCUCGCCCCAGGAGCAGGAGAGCUACUUCACAAAGCUCGCGAAGCCGAAGGUCGUUCGCCCAAAGGUGGUGCCCGUCGAGUUCGGCGUGCGCGAGCAGUCGGCCUUUGGCCGCGCCUCCGAGCGUCACUUGCUUGCGCGUCUUCGAGGGAUCCAGGAGGCCAAGCUCAUAGAAGAGCUCGAGCGCGAAGAGUCCGCCCGACGCGAGGCUCGCUGCUGCUAUGACGACGCCGAAGACUCGAUGAUGUCGGGCACGGCACCUCCUGACCCGAGCCCCGUGGCCUCCGACUGUGAAGAUGAGUGA